AUGCCGACAGUCAGCGUAGAUAAGGCACUUCUUUUUGAAGGCCUAGGACAUGAAUAUACCACUCAAGAAUUUGAUGAACUCUGUUUCCAAUUUGGAAUUGAGCUCGACGAUGAUACAACGGAAGAGGUGGCAGGAACAGAUGAGCGCCCAGCCUUGAAAAUUGAUAUUCCUGCAAAUAGGUACGAUUUGUUGUGCUUUGAGGGUAUCUUGCGUGCGCUGAGGGUGUUCCUCAAACUACAAGAGCCUCCUAUGUAUCGCUUGUCAAUUCCAAAUGAGCUUGUUACCAUUCGACUAUCGCCGGAUACUGCGAAGAUUCGCCCGUACUUCGCCGGGGCUAUACUGCGUAACAUCAAGUUCACUCAGGCGCGUUAUGACAACUUUAUUGAUCUUCAAGAUAAGAUUCAUCAAAAUCUCGCAAGGCACAGGACCCUUGUCGCGAUUGGCACUCAUGACCUCGAUACGAUUCAGCCUCCUUUUGUGUAUGAGGCGUUGCCUCCGAACGAGUUCAGAUUUGCCCCAUUGAAUCGAGAAGAAGUUUUUCAGGUUCGGAGCUGA